AUGUCUCGUCCAAGCUUUGAUGAAUUUGUGAGAGAAAAUUGGAAUUUUGAAGAUGGCAAUCUUACUUUGACAUUAAAGAAAUUAGCGGAUGCUUUAGAAAUAUGGAAAUAUAAGUUCUUUGGUGAUUUAGUGAAAAAGAAGCGAAGAUUACUGGCAAGACUUCAAAGAGUCCAACGGUACCUUGAUAAAGGACCGAAUGGCUAUCUUCAAAAUCUGGAGGUUGCUUUAGUUGAAGAGUACAAUUUAGUUCUUUCUCAAAAGGAGGUUAUGUCGCAGCAAAGGGCUAAGAUUGACUUGUUGAAGUAUAGUGAUACUAAUUCUAAAUUCUAUCAUGCGAUAAUUAAAGGGAAAUCAUCUAGGACAUCAUUUGCAAGAGUGGGCAACAUUAGUGAUGCAGGUUAG